CCCAUCGCGCAGAGGGGGAUCCUCCUGUUAAAAUCGAAGAGUCACGGCUGAAAAGCAGACCCAGGCACAGUUCGAAUGAGCUCUCCGGUUCGAUCGCCCUCCCUUUCCAAACACAUGUGGUGGCGCUCGUUUCUCUGAACCCCCUCCAACCCCUAACAAGAGAGAAAAAAACCCGGAACAUCGGAUACCAUUCAUUGGAUACUUUAAAAAAACGGAUACCUGUUCUCUGUGAAUAAUGAUGAGGAAUAGUUCCCCGAAAGGAAAAGUAGUUGCUAACGGUAUUGAAACCCCUGUCGAAAAUGGACUGUCCAAUAAAGAGGAGGAGGAGGAGGGGGAUGAGGCGCAUAGAUUGGCCGCCAAGGUGGUGGAAAAUGUGGUCAAGAUGGCAUCAGAGGCGGCGGCGGAACAGAGUGCCAAAAACAGUCCCCCCGCCAAAGUCAGGGGGUGUGAGCUACAGAGACUACCCACCUUUCAGAUAGACACUGUCCCCUCUCCUCCCUGGAGUCCAGUUGAAGAUCCCCUCGACGAAGAGUCGAUUGAUAUCCAGUUAGAGGAAGAGCCACAGAGCCAGAGUUCCGAUUCGAUCUUCGACGAUCAAAGGGAUUCCCUGCGCAGUUUCAUUGAAGACAUCAUCUCCAAGGCCAUGGUGGUCGCAGAGAAGAAACUUCAGUUCGUCGGACUGGACGACGACGACGAAGAAGAAGAAGAGGAAGUCCAGCAACAGGUGGAGGAAGAGGUGCAACCUCCUCAGGAGGUGGAGGAGGAGGUGAUAGAGGCAGAAGAGGAGAAAGAAGCUGAGUUGAGGCUGACGGAGGAGGAGGAGGCGGAGAUCCGGGCAGCAGCUGAGAAGGUGGUGGAGGAGGUGCUGUCCAAGGCGGAGGAGGUGGUCACCGAGCAAAUGGUGGACACUUCAAAAUUCAAUUUCCCGGGCCUACCGGUCUUUCAAAUUGACACGGUGAAAUCUGCGCCUCCGAGCCCCGAAGAGGAGGAGAAACCUUUUGUUCAGCCCAAGAAGUACACCUUCCGACUAGCGAAUGAAGACGAGGAGAGGUCGGAGCCUAUCGAAGAGCAGCCGAAAGUGACCGAAGAACCUUCUCUGAUCACAUUUGAUGAAGCCCCUGAUGACGUAAAGGACGUUGCCUCCAACCUUAUAAAGGAGAUCGUGGGAAAAGCCAUCACGAUGGCGGAAGAGAAAUCUAUUCCCACGGUGCCCUUCAAUUUCGAAGACGUUGACCUCAUCAAGUCCUCCGGUCCUUGGUACGUCCGUGUCCGCGAGGGCUUCAUGCGCGUUCUGCGCACGGCAUGCUUCUGCACCCCUCGGAGGCACGACUCCUGAGGCAUUCUUUAGAAGUAACACCUUCCAUCGGCCGCCAGGUGGCGCUUUCCGGUACCUUCUCCAACCUCAUGUCCUGUUCGUCGUUGGCCUCUUCCACUGUAUGUUCGGUGUGGACCAAAUUCACCUUCUCUGUUCUGGUAGUUCCGAAGACGGCGAUGGACAGAAGGACAAGAUGUGCUGUAAAAAAUUCUGCGUUAUUUUUGUGAUGUUCGAAGAACUAUAGGGGAUCCAAAAAAGGAAUGGAUCCUCAGUCUCAUUGGGACCCAUACAAGUCACUGGUCUGUACUCCAGUCGAUAUUGUUGAUUUGCAAAUCGGAACGUGUUAAAUAUAUGCGGAAAAGUUGAUAUGCACUCAUUUUGCAGCAAUUGUUCUAAUUUUCCUCCCAAGUCCAAAUCCUGUCAUUUUUCUCUUUAUUUUUGUAAGAUCUGCAGAGACUCCUGUGAGAUUGUGAAUUCAACAGUGACAUCUAUAAGCCUGACAUCCAAGACUUUAUGUUGUUUUCGUGAUGACUUAAAAAAAGAUUUUUAAAAGAAUAAAUCAAUUGAUGAAAGAACUUUACAUAAAGUGAAUAUAAUAUAUUGGAAAAAGUGAAUUCGUUUUUCGCUUGGUCAACGUAUUUUUCAAAAUCCAUCGACUCAUUUCUUCAUGUUCUACAUAUUUUAUAUUGAUACCUAAACGAAACAAAAAAAAAAAUGAAAAUAACCAACAUUUUUUUUUAAUAUAGUAAGCACUGUGUUAUUUUUAAAUCAAAAUUUUCUGAUGAUAUUCUUUUACAACUACUGAAGAAGACGAAUGUCUUCAAUUAUGAGAUCGUUGCCAAUUUAUUCUUAAAAAUUUUUUGAUAUUUAUUUUUCUACGUAUUUUCAAGACAAGACAUUAAACACAUAAUCUUCUUAUAUGAUGGAUAAUUUUUAUUACAUUUCUUACAUCUACCUUUCAUCACCUAAAAACACGAAAUGAAACUAUGCAUUCAGUAAUUUUACGACCAUUAUUCUAUAUAUUCAAGUUUUAUUGUUCAACAAAACUGUUUCCUAAUCCUUAUUUAAGAUUGUCCAUAUUUAAUUUAACACAUUACAGCCAUAUUUAAUUACUGGGAAGUAAUGCGAAAAACGAAUUCACUUUCAGCCCUAAAUCUAUUCUUUAAGAAAACAGUUUCUGAUUUUUGUCCGAACUAAUUAAGUGAGAGAACAGGGAACUUUCUGCUGAUGAUUUUGGUUCUCUACUCUUUUUUCUUUUGUACGCAGUGUGUUAAAAGAAAAUACAUUUAGAAAAUCUACAGGGAGAUCUUUUCUUUAGCUAUGUUUAAUAUUGACAAGAGACCCACCAUGAGGUUCAGCAUUUGUUCUAAGGAAAUGCUUUUUACAGAUACAAUAUCUGCUUUCUGCAUGCGAGUCAUUGUCCCAUUUUGGAAUGGCAUGCGCAAGGAUAAUUAAAAAUUCUUCUCUCUCUCUCUCUUUUUUUUUUUUCAGUGUACAAAAGUUUAAAAUAUAAUCCAUUGUUGCUAUCAGUAACAUGUUGAAAAUUUUUCCAUAUAUGUGAAACACUAUAUAUUUUUAUUGUUAACAAGUCAGAAAAUUUUCUUUGUUUACAAAUUUAAUGAUUUAGAAUUAACACACUAUGAGAAGCAUACAAGUGUAGUUUUCUCACUAUAUUCAGAACAUUUAUCAACACUUAUUCCAAAAAUGGAGCAAUUCCAUAUCGCAUAGGACUUUGGAGAAAUUUCGUAGAAAUUAUUCCAAAAAACAAUGUAGUAUUUAUUAAAUAAAGUAUGCUAUGCAAGAAGAUAACGAAUAUAUUUUGAGAAUAUAUUUUUAUGAAUCUAUUAAUAGAUUUAAGUACAUUUAAUGGCAACAGCACAGCCUUCAUAAAAUAUUCUUGCUGAAAUAAUAACCGAUGCAUUUCACAUACGGUUCUAAAGCUUCAUCUGGCACAUUGCCAGAAAUAUUUCAUUCUGUAAAAGAAAAAAGGAAAACGAAAAUAUUCAACGCAGGAAAAUAUCGAAUUUCCUGCUAAAGAAUUCUGUUAAGUGUAAACUAAUGUGAACUUCAAAAGUUUUUUCAAAUUGUCUGUUGUUUUUGGAUUUUAUCAUGUCGAUCAGUUUUUUUUAUUGUAAAAUGUUCAUCAAGCAAUAAUUCUUAUUUCCUCUCAAUAUACUAUUUCAUUUAAAAUGAAUUUAUUGAGACAAUUUAUGUUAUGCAUGAUAAUCUUAUUAAUAAAAUUAAGUUAGAUUAACUUAAAUAAAUAAAUAACAGCAAUAAAAAUAAGCACCAGGUUAAUGAGACCGUUGGAUGAUUAGAAUAUGAAGAUAAAUUUUCCUAGUUAUUUCAUCAUUUUUAAAAAGCGAAUAAUUAUUUCUUUUUGAUCACAAAAUUUUUAAAUUGAAAAACAACGAUAAUUCUUUUUUUUUCUUUGAAAUUUUAGAUGAUUCUGCAACAAAUUGAUAACCUUAAGUCAAUUUAUAAAGGAAAAAGGUGGAUUAAAGGAAAAAAAAAUUAUAAUAAAUUUUAUGAAUAUGAAAAAAUAUCAGAUUUUAUGUUUCGAAAUGCAAUUUUAAUAAAAAAAAUUGAAAAAAAAAUUCGAUUAUAGAAUCCUAAUUUUUAACGCUAUCGUUUGAAAAUAUUUAUUAAAAAACUAGUAUUCCUCUCUUUUUUUUAAAGAUAAUUGUUUUUCAUUAUAACAUUUUAUUAUAAAUAUGAAGUAAGACAAAAUGCUUUUGUAAAAGUGUUAAAAAUGUAUAUGAUACUGAAUUAAAGAAGUAAUAUAUAAAGAAAUGAUGAAGAUGCCAACUAUUUGGUGCUUUCAUUAUAUACAUUUGUCCAGUGACUACAAUAAUAGUUAAGGUUUGAUGGAAUCUUCAUUAUUCGAUAUUCUAUAUUGGAGGAGUUAUAUUUAUACAGGGUUAUUUCAUUUUUUUUUCUGUAGAUAAUCAUUUUCUGUCAAAAUUAUUAGCAAUUGCAACAAGUGCUGCUAGAAAAUCAAUAUUUCCCGAGGAGUUAAUUAUUCUUAGAACGAUGCACUAAAUUUCGUUUCCGAAUCCUUUCAGGCUUAACUAUUCUUUGAACGAUGCACUAAAUUUCGUUUCCGAAUCCUUUAAGGCUUAGUUAUUCUUUGAACGAUGCACUAAAUUUCGUUUUUGAAUUCGUCUAGUCUUAAAUAUUCUUUGAACGAUGCACUACAUUUCAUUUCCGAAUCCUUUUAGGCUUAACUAUUCUUUGAACGAUGCACUAAAUUUCGUUUCCGAAUCCUUUAAAGCUUAGUUAUUCUUUGAACGAUGCACUAAAUUUCGUUUUUGAAUACGUCUAGUCUUAAAUAUUCUUUGAACGUUUCACUACAUUUCAUUUCCGAAUCCUUUUAGGCUUAACUAUUCUUUGAACGAUGCACUAAAUUUCGUUUUCGAAUCCUUCUAAGCUUAAUUAUUCUUUGAACGAUGUUCUAUAUUUCGUUUCCGAAUCCUUCUAGACUUAAUUAUUCUUAGAACGAUACACUAAAUUUCGCUUCCGAAUCCUUAUAUUCUGCUAUAAAAUAUAAUAAGGAAAAUAAUUAAUUUCAGUAAGAAAUAGCAGAAUGUUAUCAUUUUAAAAAUUCAUUAUGAUUUAGAUAUUGAAGUUGAAGCAUCUAUAGCGAAGAAAGUAAAGUUUAUCGACAAUGUGGUAGAAAUGAUUACAAGUAUAGCAUAUAAUGCACAGUGCUGAUUCAGAUGAUGUAGUGUUCCCAGUAUUCAUAUGUCAAAUUUGAAGGUACUAUUUAUUUCAAGCCACAACAGAGGAAAUACAAGAUCUGUCAAUAUACAUACUGUAAGAUUCAACUAGUUAAAAAACCCUCGAUUUUUUAAAUUUGGCAAAAUUCUUUGCGCUCAUUCAGUAUCAUCAGAGAGCCAUUGUCUCACUCUGAUGUUUCAUCAGUGCUUCUGGUUUUAGAAGUCUUGCUGAGGGACAUAUUCACAUCUAAGGAAUGACUUUUGUAUAUGAAAAAUAAUAAACAGUCCAUACUAAAAGAAAAAAAACGAUAUGUAUGAAGCAUUGUCAAUUAAUAAUAAUUUUUUUUAACAUAGACUAAAUCUGAGCACAUGAUCUUAUGAUAAAUCGAAAAUUCAUCUUUGUUCUGAUAUAUAUUUGUCCAUUUUUUGAAAUUAAUAAAAGAAAUAUCUUCGUUGGCAUGCGCCAUAUUAGUUCAGAGAAUCGAAUAAGUAAUAAUAAGAUUCAUUUGUAAUAAAAAUCAUUUACAAUUAGUAAUAAAACUCUUACUCGGAACAUUGAUAGCUCAAGUAAGUGACAAAUAAAUAUCUAUCCACCCGCUAAUUAUCAAAAUGCCGUAGAAAGCUGGACCUAGAUCACCUAUUCUCAGAUAAUGAAGAUUCCAUUCCAGAUUAUUUCCAAUGAUUAAUAUUCAUUAUUUACUUUAACAUCAGAUGUCAAAAGUGCGCCUCAUUUUCAUACAUUUAUAGUGGUUUAAAUAAGUGAAAAGAAAAUACUUUAAUGUUUGAUGUAAUAUCCUGUUUUUUAAACUAAUCAUCCAUGUUGCCCUAGAUGUAUCAAUUUAGAUAAUGAAGAUUCCAUUCAACGCUAUUUCCAGAGCUAAGCCUUGCUGUCCGUUGUUCAUUUCUACAUUUAGUACAUUGAUUAUUGUUACUUUAAAAAUUCGUUAGUAAUAAUAACUUCAAUAGGCCACUUCUUAAUCCAUCUAUGUGACACCCUGUUCGAUAGUGAACAACCCUGGAGCGGCCGUAAAAGUAGAUUUCAGUAUCUGACUUACUGCGUGUAUUUCUUCGGUAAUUCAAGGCUGAUUACUUAGAUAAUACACACAGUGGGCAUAUGUAUUACUUAGAUAUGUUUUCCUUCACAUCUCUGUGUGGAACAGAUUGUUGUUGCUCAAAUGUCUUGCUUUGUUUUUAAGUGUUGAAUUAAGUGUUUAUGUUGUACUAAAUUAAAACUCGAAAGGGCAUCCAUGUAAUGUAGUACAUCAACAGAUGCAUUGUAAAUAGUAACAUGUAUGCAAAGUAAGAAUACGUCGUCGGCUCAGAAAAAGAAUUCGUUCUCAGUCGCAGUAAAUUUAACAACAACUCAACAGAUUCAUUAUGUCAUUAACCCCUUCACUACUAAUCCAGUUCAACCCUGUCGUGACAGCUCUUUAAUGGGGGGUCGGUUUUGGUUUCAAAGAAGGAUACAAGAUGUAAAGCCAGGACAUCUCUUGGUUGCAAUUCACUUAACAAUCUGCACAGAGGUCUUAUUUAAAACAGAAACCGGCUCACCAAUAUAGAAUGUGCAUGACUGGGUUGAGGCAGGUAGGUGGUGAAAGGAUUAAACUUGGUAGUCAUUUCUAGCUACAUAAACCUUUUCCAAAUUUCAGUUUCAUGUAAUAUAUGAGCGGUUUUCCACUCUCUAAUUGUACUUUGGUUUGAUAGGAAAUUCGCCAAGCCCAUUUGCCUCUAAUUAUUUACAACUUUAAAUUUGCAUUGGCUCAGUAUUUUAAGCAAAGCAGAAAAGUUAUCGUUCUUUAUUUAUUAUGGUUUCUUUCUGUUUUCAACCUAUUUUCAAAGGAGAAUUAAAGAAAUAAAAUAAACAUUCCUUUGGUCAUUUAAGAAAAUUGAGUUGCCAAGUAAUAGUCCAUCCAUAAUAGAGCAAUUAUGGAUGAAAUUCUAUAAAAUUAGCAUCAAAAUUUAAUUAUUUGUUGGCCUUACAAUAAUUGUUUGAAACUACGGAAGUAAAAAAUUUUUAAUUAUGGUAGAUUUUUAUAAAAUUAUCAUCAUAUUCUAAAUAUUCAUUGGCCUUGAAACGACUGUCCUGUACUACGGAAGUAAAAAUAAUUCAUUAUGGCAGACUUUUAGGAAAUUAGCAUCCCAUUUUAAAUAUUUGUUGACCUUACAAUUUACUAUAAAAAAACUACAAACGUAAAAAUAUUGAGUUUAGUCAGACAUUCUAUAAAAUCAGCAUCAAAAAUUAAUUAUUCGUUGGCCUUACGAAUAUAUGUCCAAAAUAUGAAAGCAAAAAUACUGAAUUGUGACAGACCGUCGUUAAAAUUAGAAUUACAUUUUAAAUAUUUUUUGACCUUGUAAAUACCUGUUCAAAACUACGGAAGUAAAAAUAUUAAAUUAUAGUAGACUUUUAUAAAAUUAGCAUGAUUUUAAGUAUCCAUAAUUCAUACAAAUAAUUGUCCGAAACUACGGAAGUAAAAAUAUUGAAUAUGGCAGAUAUUUUUAAAAUUAGCAACUCAUUUCAAAUAUUUAUUUGCUGGCCUUGCAAAUGAAUAUCCAAAAUUACAGAUGUAAAAAUAUUGAAUUAUGGCAGAUAUUUUAUAAAAGUAGCAUUACGUUUUAAAUAUUUUUUGAUCGUGCGUAAAACAUAUCUAAAAACAUGGAAGUAAAGAGAUAGAAUUUAGUCAGCCAUUUUAUAAAAUUAGCAUCAAAAUUUAAUUAUUUAUUGAUCUCGCAAAUAACUAUCCUAAGCUGCGACAGUAAAUAUAUGGAAUUAUGGCAGAUCUUUUAUGAAAUUAGCAUCAAAAUUUCAUUAUUCGAUUGCCUUACAAAUAAUUUCCCAAAACUACAAAAGUAAAAAUAUUUAAUUAUGAAAAGAUUUAUAAAAUUUGCAUCUCAUCUUAAAUACUCAUGUCUGUAGGUCUUAUAAAUUACUGUCCAAAACUAUGGAAGUAAAAAUGUUAAAUUGCAAAGAAUUACCAAACUGAUCUUAGUAUCAUCCAUAUAACCUUGUUGUGAUGUUAAAAAUGGAGAAUAUAAAUGAGUCCGUGAAUUUUUUCUCUGAGCCGAUGCCAUGAAUAUUUUAGAAAUCGAUGUGCCUCUAUUUUAUUUAAUUCUAUGAUGAUGAUGAUGACGCGUUUACUAAGCCAAAUUUCUACGAAAGGAAUUCAUCGUUGAUUUCGAAUGAAAUAAAGUGUACUGUUUCUUG